UAUAUAUAUGAAGAACUGUAAGUUUUUAUGUAACAUUCUCGAGCAGGAGGACUGUGAGAUAGCCACAGCAUGGACUUGAGACAGACGAGGCUGAAUUUCCCCCUUAUCAUAACUGGCUGUGUGAGUCUGAGCAAGCUGUGGUGAGUGUAUCACGGAGCACAGGGCUCGGCAUCUAGGUUACUGUGGGUACAACCAGCAGCUCCUUCAGGCUGGCUAGCUCCUGGCCAGCUCAAGGUGUUUCCCUUUGCCUGGAAACCGGGAGGUGUGGCUGGGGCAGGGCCUGCAGGGGAGCAGCUCAACUAAAAAGUGGGAGCGGAACCCCUGCCUGUGAGGACCAACUGCCCUGGCUGACGGAGAUAAGUCUGGACCAGGACCGGCCCGGUAAACACCUGCCGCCUGCGCUUCCGACCAUGUACGCCUACAGCUGCCUGGCGCCCGGGGAAGGCGCCUGGCCUCCGCUGCAGCCCCUCACCUACACCUACCUGCCUGGCCCCCUGCUGCUGCCCUCCAUCCAGGCCCCGAGCGCCGGCGGCCGGGCGGCCCCGCGGGAGUACCACUGUUUCCACGGCCCGGGCGCGUGCCCGGGGGCCGCGCCGCUCUGGUGGGCCUUCCCGCCGGCCUACGCCGCGGCCCUGCCCCCGCCGCUCCCGGCGCCCGGCUCCCCGGGGUCGUUGAUGCCGGCGCCCGCGGAGGCGGGGGCCGCGAGCUGGGCGCCGUGGCCCGAGGGCGGCAGCCUGCAGGCGGAGCUGCGCUGGGGCCGCGUGGAGCGCGCGUGGGGCCCGCGCCUGGAGCUGCCGGACUUCGUGCGCCGGGAGCUGCGGCGCGUGUACGGCACGUACCCCCGCACCGACGUGCGCGUCACUUUCCGGGGCGGCGAGUUCCUGCUGCGGGCCGCGCCGCGCGUGGGCGAGCCCGAGGUCCGCGCGCGGAGGCGCCUGCUGCGCCCGCCCGCCAGCAGCGGGAGCGGCAGCGGCGACAGCAGCCCCGCCGGGGAAGCGGCGGAGCGCGGCCGCCGAAAGGCGAGGACAGGCCUGGGCUGAGGGCGCCGCGGGGUCGGGGCCGGCCCGGAGCGCGCGCGCCUCUCCUCCUCGGCGAGAAGGGAGACCUCGGCUUUGCACGGGGGCUGGGUGCACCGGUCACCUGUCCGCUUUUCCUUGACCCGCUGCCCGCCGCCCCUCUCCCGCGCGGCCUUGGUUUCUCUCCUGUUGUUGCUGGAUGGUGGGGGAAGAGCGAGGAGGGAUGAAGGACAUCAUCGCUGGGCGGGUGUCCUGUUACUCUUUCCUUUUACGUGGACUUGGGAGGCCUGGGUGUGGGUGGGAGAAGGGCCUGGCCGCUGUUUCCUCUCUCUCUCCUCCUCCCCAUCUCUUCCCCUUAGAAGCCUGCGGUGAGCCCCCAUUUUCCCUCGCUUCUCCUCCCUCUAGCAAAGCUCCCCCAACUCCCCAAGCUGAGGGCCCACCUCUCUCCAGCUUGUCGUGAAAAAUAAAUGAACGUCGUCAAGUGUA